UCCGUCGCUAGCACCAUGCUGGACGUAUUCAGCUCCAUCCCCAUCCUGAUGGACUACAAGGGUCAAAAACUAGCAGAACAGAUGUUUCAAGGGCUCAUUCUUGUUUCUGCGGUAAUUGGUUUUAUCUAUGGCUACAUCGCUGAACAGUUUGGUUGGACUGUCUAUAUAGUUAUGGCUGGGUUUGCUUUAGCGUGCCUGCUAACACUCCCUCCAUGGCAUAUGUACCGCCACAAUCCUCUGAAAUGGCUACCUGUCCAAGAGUCGGGAACAGAAGAUAAGAAGCCAGCAGAGAGAAAACUGAAAAGGCAUACUAAAAGUUGAAGACUAUGAACCCUC